AACCCUAAAAAAUACGGUUUAAAUUAGAAACCCUAAAAAAUACAGAUUGCAAAAGCUCUCGCAACCUCCUCAUAUUCUCAUUCUCUCUCUCUUCGCAACUCCAGAAGCUGUGCCUGCGCAACCCCCUUAGAUCUUUCUUCUCUAUUGGUGUCGCAGUCUCAGUCCAACAUCAUGGCUCUGGUCUUGCAUACAGGACUCCCAAAUAAGAAUGCCUACAAGGCUCUUAUUGCUGCUGAAUACAGUGGCGUGAAAGUCGAUGUGGUCAAGGAUUUUCAGAUGGGUGUUACGAACAAAUCGCCUGAGUUUCUUAAAAUGAACCCCAUCGGCAAGGUUCCAGUUCUGGAAACUCCCGAGGGUCCUGUAUUUGAGAGUAAUGCGAUAGCUAGAUACGUGACAAAGCUGAAGGCUGAUAAUCCUCUCUUUGGCUCGUCGCUAAUUGAAUAUGCCCACAUUGAGCAGUGGAUUGACUUUUCAGCCACUGAGAUUGAUGCAAACAUUGCUCGUUGGUUGUAUCCUAGACUUGGUUACGGUGUACAUCUUCCUCCGGCUGAGGAAGCUGCUAUUGCUGCAUUGAAGAGGUCCUUGGAAGCGUUGAGCAAACAUCUUGCUUCCAACACUUUUCUGGUCGGAGACAGUGUUACACUGGCUGAUAUUGUCAUGACCUGUAACUUGUUUUAUGGAUUCCAGAGAAUCAUGACCAAGAGCUUUACUUCAGAAUUCCCUCAUGUCGAAAGAUAUGUCUGGACGAUGGUUAAUCAGCCAAACUUCAAGAAGGUGCUGGGUGAGGUAAAGCAAACAGAUUCUGUUCCAUCUGUAGCAAAGAAGCCAGCUCAAGCACAGCCUGCUAAGCCCAAGGCCAAGGAGGAGCCAAAGAAAGAGGCACCCAAGAAGGUAGAAGCACCUGCAGCAGAAGAGGAAGAGGCACCCAAGCCAAAGGCAAAGAAUCCACUUGACCUUCUACCCCCUAGUAAGAUGGUACUGGAUGAGUGGAAGAGGCUAUACUCCAACACCAAAUCCAAUUUCCGUGAAGUUGCAAUUAAAGGAUUCUGGGAUAUGUAUGAUCCAGAGGGCUACUCUCUGUGGUUCUGUGACUACAAGUACAAUGAUGAGAACACCGUCUCUUUUGUAACAAUGAACAAGGUUAGUGGGUUCUUGCAAAGAAUGGAUCUUGCUCGCAAGUACGCAUUUGGAAAGAUGCUGCUGAUUGGAUCAGAGCCCCCAUACAAGAUCAAGGGUUUGUGGCUCUUCCGUGGACCAGAGAUCCCUCAAUUUGUGCUUGAUGAGUGCUACGACAUGGAGCUCUACGAGUGGACAAAGGUUGACAUCAGUGAUGAGGCUCAGAAGGAACGUGUUAGUCAAAUGAUUGAAGAUUACGAGCCUUUUGAGGGAGAAGCUCUUCUUGAUGCCAAAUGCUUCAAGUGAUUCAAUGGCGUCCCUAAUGCUUAGGAUAUGUAGUUUGUUGGUCUAUUGGUUCAUACUCGUUCCAUAGAUUAUGCUACCGUCCCCAUUUAAUUUUGCCUAGAAGUGUUUUUUAUUGACUUUUUAUUUUUAAUAUUUUGGUUUCUGCCUUUUUAGACGUUUUUGCGAAAAUGUUAUCUAAUGACAGCAAUAUAGUGGGUCAUUACGAGCUUACCAUGAGUACGUCUUGAAAUGACUAACCUAUUCGUGUUUUUUUUGUAGUAAAUGUGAUGUGUUGAACGUAACAUUUUUGAACUAUGUUGCAUGAGAAUGUUUGGUUUGGUAAAUAGGUGAUCCAGAUUGAUUAAUAUGUAAUACCAGCUUUUAUGUUGUCUUA